UGCCGGCCCCUGCCCGGCGAUUUCCGUUCCUCUGUCCCGGUCCUACGCGGUGACGGCUCCGCGCGCUCUGCGACCGGCCCAGCGCGCAGAGCGGAGGGCGGAGCUUCGGGAGGCCCCAGGAGAGGAUAUAGCUGUUAUUUCUUAAGGAGCUCAAGAACUUUUGUAACCUGACCCUAUGAAUGCCAGUAAAUUUCCAUUAGUCCUUAAACUAGCCCACGCCAGAGCUGGCCCACUCUGCGUGCGCAGAAGGGCGAGCUGUGACUGCUAACUGACCUCAGUAGAGGAUGCAGCAACAGGUGGAACGAGUCAGAAGAAAAAUCAUCACUCGGACCCUAUUCUGAAACGAGAGGUCUGACAAGAAGCACGUCACCUCCUGUCUCCUGGCCGCCUUCUACGUCUGCGCGGCCACCAUCUUGGCUGCCCAAAUCACGUAUGAGCCCUGCUUUGACAUAGUUUAGGGAGUCAGAUAAUUGGCAAGUCUGAGCACAAGGACCCACCUUCCCGGGUUUGGUAACAGUUUGAAGCCCUCUGCCAAGUCAGUGGAAAUUUCUACGAAAGGCAUUUUGGGGCCUCUCUGGAUGGUGGAUCACAUUUUUUCACUGGAAAUACCUUCUCUGGGCCCAUUCCCAAGGAGGAUUGAGAGCUGGAUAUUUGGUCCACAGGUGUUUUAUGGUCACUCUGUAAAACACAGAUACUUAUCCUCGUGUCCCAUGGAAGAAUUCUGAAGCCAAGAGCUUUUAAAACUCUUAGAUGCGCUGUGGUGCUGGAUUCCAGGGUAACAUAGCUUUGAAGAAACAAGCUUACUGACACAGGCAGCAAACAUUCACCUUCACAUUCGAACAAGGUUGCUGCAGUGAGUCACAGUGAAGCAUCGCUCCCUCCAUGACCUUGAAGCUUUGCUAGGCCAUACUGCCAGGACCAGAAUGUAAAUUUAAUGCUGGAACCUCAGCUCUCUCUUGUAGCUGGAUUACAGCUUCUCUAGCCAAAAUGGCCCAAGUCUUUGUGUAUGGGACCCUCAAGAGAGGACAGCCCAACCACCAGGUCAUGCUGGACUGUACCAACGGCUCAUCGGCCUUCCAGGGCCGGGGCCGCACGGUGGAGCCCUACCCUCUGGUGAUUGCCGGCCAGCAUAACAUCCCACAUCUGCUGAACCUCCCUGGAAGGGGACACUGUGUGGCUGGAGAGAUUUACGCCGUUGAUGACCAGAUGCUGCAAUUCCUUGACGAAUUUGAAGGCUGCCCAGACAUGUAUCAGCGCACUCCCGUGAGGAUUGAAGUUCUUGAGUGGGAAGGGAGAGCCAGCGCCCCUGAGGAGAUGCCAGCUGCUGGCAGGAUCGUGUGGUGUUUUGUGUACAGCACAGCCAGCUACUCGCCAGAGUGGCUCCAUCUCCCGUACCACGACAGUUACGACUCUCAGGGGAAGCACGGGCUUCCUUACAAUCCACGGGAAAACAGAUGAAAGCAGAAAGGACGGAGAUGGCCCUGGUGAUGGCAAAGUGAAGUCAUCGUAAUCUGUGCUCGCUGAAUGCAGAAGCCGAAUGGUGCCUUUCUAAACAAGUAUUUGUAAAACUCAAUCUUGCCGUGGGGGGGAGGGAAUCUUUCAGUGAUUUUACAAAUAAUUUUGACAUGUUAAUAACCAGAUCCUACCCCACAGUCUACCCAUUUGUAUUUGUUAGCUGCUGAAAACACAUUGUAGCCUUGAAUGUAUUUGAUAAGAAAAAUUUAGGAUUUUAAUUCCCCCAAAUGGCAUUUAGAUGGAACUCAUGUGUUAUCGUGCUUUUUUGGUGGUAGUUGUUUAGCUUUGCUUUAAUCUGAAGAUAAUAUUUAAAAUGAAUGUAAAGACCUUGUGUUGCGGCUAGAUUUUAGCAGCACUACUGUAUUGAUUCUGGCCUGUAGCACCUAGAAUUUUUUUUUUUUUUUUUAAUAAAAGCAGACUUUGGAUGGCUUAAUGUAAUGAAAAAAAUUCCUCAAGAAAGAUAUGCUAUAGAGUAUAUCUAGAAUCAUUUGUCCUAAUUUUCAGACUGUACUUAUGCAGAGACUAUUAAAAAUGAUAAUUUAAAAUUAAAUGUUUUAGAAAAUAAAAGUGUUUAUGCUAUUUUUGGCCUUUUUUGGGUAUACUUACUGGGUAGAAUGUUCUUUUCACUCUAAUCUGGCAAAAUCAUGAACACUUACUUGGUGGUACAUACAGCUGAGUGCCUGGCUUUCCAGUGGAAGUUUACCCAAGCCCAGCUCACAGCACCAAGGCCCCAUCGCUGACUCCUGGAGGGGAACGGCAUUGGUGUGGGCCCUUCAGAGAAGAGCCAACACAUAAGUAAUUUGUUCUUCAGGCCUGACAGAGAGCUUAGCUUCCAAAUACAAACAGCACUUCUUAAAAUAAUUUUAGCAAGGCACGAAGUACCAAUUACCACCCGCCUCCGUCUGAUGUUCUGUCAGUGGGGACGCGAGUCAGCAUACAACUCUCUGCUGCUGCUCACCAGCAAAGUCUGAAAUGUGUUCCAGGACUCUGAGGACUAAAUGCAAAUACAGCUGCUGGUCCUCAGUAACCUCGCCUUCUGCUGGGAGACUGCACUCUGUCUUCAACUUAAUGGUAGACUGUGAUCGCUGACUGCAUCUGGCCCGAGUGCGUGAGCGGUAUUUUUAGCCUGGUUUUCUUCAUUGGGAACUUGCUUCACAAAAACACAAGACCAGGAUCAGCUGAUGGGCUUGUGGUAGCAGCAUGCACUGGCCUUGGGAGUGAGGGUGCACCCUAUCCAAGUCCCGGCCUGGGGCGUGGGGAGGCUGUACACCAUGCUCCUGCUCAGGAGAGUUCUGGCAACACACAGGGGCAUUACUUCUCCCCAAGGUGACGUGCCGGAGGAACCACUCAGAUCCAAGGCUGCUGUUGGGUGUGCUGUUGAGUUGAUUCCAACUCACAGCGACACUUCAUGACAGAGAAUUGCCUCAUAGGGUUUCCUGGGCUACAGUCUUCACGGGGGCAGAUCACUAGGUCUUUUCUCCCCACAGUUGCUGGGUGGGUUCAAACUACCGAUCUUUAUAUUAGCAGCUGAGGACUUACUUACUUAACCAUUUUAUCGCCAGGGUUCCUUUAGAUCCAGAGCUACCCUGUUUAAAGCCAUCAUGGUAAGGGGGUUAUCAAAAUAAAAACACUAUACAAUCUUUAGAAAGUUAUGAAUAAUCAGAAACGGGUUAGGUCCUCAAUAUGGAAGGAGUAAGGUCAUCAGGUAGAAGAUGGCCAAUGGUAAUCUGAGUAAACUGAAGGCAGAGGACUGGAAGUUUACGUCAUUUUAAAAAAGGAUCACAGUGAAAUGCUAGUAUUUAAAGUCUUCUGGCACAGGCUAUUCUCUUGUGUACAUUGUCUUCAUUCAGAAAAAGGGCAAACUAAUAUUUAGACAAACGCUCAGUU